UCUGUAUGAACGGAAGCAGCGUUCUCCCGGUUAACUUUUAGCUGAUCACCCACCAAUCGAUCAGGGAGGGCUCAAAUGUAAUUGUGCAUGUCCUUACCGAUACAAAUGCUAGUUUUCCCGCUAAGUCGACCGCUUAAUACCAACCCCCAGUCAUUCAACUCAUUCGGGAUAUGAUUCGAUAUUUUGAGACAAUUUCGAUCGGGCAGCAGCAGCCAGUUGAAGCUGUUAUUGAUGAUCUUCUUGUGGGAGCUUAAACAGUGAUGACAUAAAACAAUUGAUGAUCAACGACUGUUUUUCUUGCCAACAGGAAACGGCCAUUUUCCCUCAUUGAAAAGCCAUCUGUAAACUGCAUUCAUCGAGGCUGUGGACCUCCAACUUGGAAAUUAUUGCGUGCGGAAAAACUCCCUUUAAGAUGGCUAUUGAGGAGCGGAAAUGGAGAAUAGGGUAUCAGUGUACUCGUACAUAUGUGACGUUGUGAGGAGACUGGUCAGCACAGUGAGCACACCAUGCAAAUUAGACCAAACUGUGAAUGCUGUUGCCCCUUGAUCAGUUAUUGCAGCGACGUCUCAUGGCGCUUACGCACUGGGAACAGGCUGAAAUAGAGCAGAUGUAAUGCAAAUUGAUCCUGACCAGAUAUUAUGUUUCCGGCCACUCGGGAUGGUUGUAGUAUGUGGAUAUGUGUAUUUUGAAUUAUCCGAGCUGUCCGUCAGUCAGUGCUGAUGGGAUGACUUUCCCCGUUUCACUUUCAUACGCAUCUUACCGGCUUCUGCAGUGUUGAUUCCCAGUUGUCCUGGACUUCUAGUGACAGCUUACUAGGUUAUGUACUCUGUACAUGGUACAUUAAGCCAUCCAGGUGCAAAACAGAUAACCGUCAUGUAGACAAUUCAACUGGACAGCUGCUUAAUCUGGAGCGAAAUGCGGGAGCGGUUGAUAUUUAUUAGCUCUUCUGUUAUCUUGUAUUUACUGAUAGUGCAGCUGACAUUCUCCACUGGAAAGAGCAGUCCAGAUGCUCUGGCUACGGAUAUCGACCUUCUGCAAGCACUGUACUCUGUCCAUCUGAGCAGUGCUAACAGCCAUGCUGUUAAAUUAACCGAAGGUCCGGACGGACUGCCGGCCUUCCAGUUAAAUGGCCAGAGUAAUCUGGCUUUUCCUCAUGUGCUCUACUUCCCCGAUAUGCGCUUGCAGAACCGAAUAUCCCUCAUGACUACCUUCAUGGCGCAUUCCGCGGACGGCGGCUAUCUGUUCGCCGUGGUUAAUCCCCUAGAUACCGUAGUUCAGUUAGGCUUGCGCAUCCAUCCGGAGCCCUCGCAGGCUGACAAUACCGUGCAUUCGGACAGGGGACCUGUUCGGCAAAAUGUCACACUGUACUGGACGGAUUCCGGUCGCCAGCUGCAGGUGUCAUCGCAAAUACUCCUGGAAAUGGAAAUUCCCAGCACGUAUAAGCACUGGACACGACUGGCUGUCGCAUCAUUUGGUACUUCGUUGAAUGUUUACUUGAACUGCCAUCUGCAUGCCAGCUUUGCCCUUUCCCAUCGAGCUCCGCCGUUGUUAUUCGAUCCCGCCAGCACCUUGUACAUUGGUCAAGCUGGUCCCCUGCUUCUAGGAACGUUUAAGGGUAUUAUCCAAGAGAUGCGGAUUACCGGUGAUCCUCGUGAUGCCUCAAAAAUGUGUGAACAGGAAGGGAAUUCCGUAACAAUACUUGGCAAGGAUAAAGCGAUCCCCGCGGCAGAGACAACUCGAAAGGAAGAAGCUGUUGGCGAUGCAGAUGGUGGCUCAGACGGCGACCAGGGUGACGAUGAUGACAUGGAUGAUACCGAUGACAUGGAUGUCGGCAGCCUGGAUGGGCACACGGAUACGGUGUUGUCACUUCCCGCCAUCACACCACCGCCGCCGUUCCAUCCCACAGUUAGUCUGGACUAUUUUAUGCAACAACAGUCCACUGCUGCCGCUCACGAUAAACAGACAUCUGUUGGUGAGGAGGCAUCGCAAGCCGAAUCUGUCGAUGCUGCCAAGCGACCGCCGCAGCCAGCCAUUUCGCCGCUUUCGGACACGACCGAACCGGAUGGUCGCGAUUCGGAUCCGGAAGCAGGGACUAUGUUAUUGCAAAGUGGAGCGCAUACCGUUGGUACAAAUCCCACAGAAGGCUCCGUGCAGCAACCACCGGUGGACGGAAGCACCGGUGGUGUUAGGCAUAAUACUUUGGGCUCUGGAUGUUCAUCCACGUGCUACAGCUACUCCGAUGAGGAGUUGGAGCGUAAAUUUCUUGCUUGGACACAAAAAUACCAGAACAAUAUUCUUAAUCUUGAAGCGUGCAAGGCAAGUGUAAUACGGUCUCCAUCAUCUUACCCUUCGGCAUCCGCCUCCUCGUCGUCGAACACCGAAUGUCCAUUACAGAAGUUGCAGGGACCCCCAGGACCGAAAGGUGAAACAGGUUUACCAGGAUUUCCGGGUCACCCCGGACGAAAGGGCGAUACGGGUCUCAAGGGCGAUCCAGGCCAAAUAGUUCAUGUUAGCACCAGCGGAACCAUUGCUGGAGCUGUGCUACAUAAUAUAAGUGGACCUAGCGCAGCGUCUUCUGGAGCUGGUCAUAACGCGGCCCGGUCGAACCACGCAGAUGCUAUUAACAAUUUGUCGUACGGUCCGCAUCCACAGUAUAUCAACGCUGAAUUUGAGUGGCCUCAUUUACGACCUGAUGGAUCCGAGGCAGUUCAAGCGCGACAAAAGUAUUACGGGAUCCGAAUUAUUCGAAAUCGCGAAGAUCUGCGAGGUCUCAGCUAUUCCAGCAAGAUUGCUUCUCUGGUGUAUGUCAUGCAAGAAGACCAGCUGUUCCUUCGAAGUGUUUCCGGUUGGCGACCUGUUGUGCUCGGAGCUCCGUUGCAGCUAGCAGAUAUGGCUACUAACAAGCCACCGCGAAAAUUUUAUGCUAACGGCAAACCCAUGGAUGGAAAUCAUUUGAGGAAUACUGAAGGAAAAGCAGAUGGACAUGAUGGUCCAAAAUACGGCUUACCUCUUCCACCUGGGGCGGUGCUCGGCCAAGAUUCAUUAAAGCAUAAAGACAAAAUUUCUUCCAAGUACCGGUUGGUCUUGGUGGCGCUGAACGAACCCUACUCUGGCAAUCAAGGUGGCAUCAAAGGAGCAGAUUUCGCAUGCUUUAAAGAGAGUCGUAAAGCUGGAUUACGUGGUACGUUUCGGGCGCUCUUAACCGGUUUAACUCAGGAUCUCGACACCAUUGUGGAUCAGCGAGAUCUGCACUCGGUACCGGUAGUCAACAUUCGAGGCGAACCGGUUCUGCCUUCUUUUGGCUCCAUCUUCGGCGGCCCACAUCAGACAGCGGAUGCCGAUUAUAAUUUCCCUGGGUUCAAUGGUAGCGACCAUGGCCAUCAGUCAUCUGGAACACCGUCCUUGUAUUCGUUUGACGGACGUGAUGUUCUUUCUGACCCUAAAUGGCCGACUAAAGCAGUAUGGCACGGGUCCGAUGAGGGUGGAAAACGAGUGGAGAAUGAACAAUGUCAGGAUUGGUCAUCGGAUAGUGCCUUAAGAAUUGGUCGCGCAGCUUUCUUAACUGCCCCUACCCAGGCAUUCCAGUAUCAGACUGGACGAAAGUCUGCUAAUCCGUGGAUGCCUAGAAGUCAGGAUGACUUCCAGCAGUUGAGCGUUCUGCCGGCUGAUGAUCCCUACUCUGCACACCAGUACAUGAAUGAUUACCACAGCGCAGCGCACGACCAAAGGGAUUCUGGUAAACCUAUGAGCCGGCAAUGGACCAAUAGGCUGAUGGGUCAAUCAUCGGUGCCUUGCAACCUCCCUCUUGUGGUGCUGUGUGUCCAGAUUCGUGCCUUGUAGCACUGUGCAAUAGCUGUCAUCGUGCGCUAUCGAAGCUGUGGAGCCUGCGGCAUCGUGUACGUUGUCAAAACUGGACAAGUCAUUUGCUGAAUCCCGCGGUGAUUGUUUUUUCAAGUUGCAUUCCGAAAGCUACACUACUGCUAAAUUUGCAUUUAGAGUUAGAAGGAACGCUAGGUUUAGUAUAUAUGCGUGAGAAAUUGAUUAAAUCCAGUUAAACAAUGGUCGAUAUGAUGGAAUGAGCCGCCAUAACAAUUCUUCUAAUCUAUUUGUGCUGAAUGACCGAAAUACCAAAAUGUU